CCCAAAUGCCAGAAUAGGCAAAGUCAUGGUUUCACUUCCACAAGCUUCGCAAAACUAAAACUGAGUACUUGAACUUUAGAGGAGCUUUGAGAGUGAGAACUAUGGCGUCGGUAGGAGGAGCUGCCGGUGGAGGCGUUGAGUGGCAUGUCAGGCCUCCAAACCCUAAGAACCCGAUUGUUUUCUUCGACGUCACCAUUGGCACUAUCCCUGCCGGUCGUAUCAAGAUGGAGCUAUUCGCCGAUAUUGCUCCAAAAACCGCCGAGAAUUUUCGGCAGUUCUGCACUGGAGAAUACAGGAAAGCUGGAUUACCUGUUGGUUAUAAGGGGUGCCAAUUCCAUAGAGUAAUCAAGGAUUUCAUGAUUCAAGCUGGUGACUUUGUGAAGGGUGAUGGCAGUGGAUGUGUUUCUAUUUAUGGACAUAAAUUUGAGGAUGAAAAUUUUGUUGCUAAACACACUGGACCUGGUUUAUUGUCAAUGGCAAAUAGUGGGCCUGGCACAAAUGGAUGUCAGUUCUUCAUUACUUGUGCCAAAUGCGAUUGGCUUGAUAACAAGCACGUGGUCUUUGGGAGGGUGCUGGGUGACGGCCUUUUGGUUGUCAGGAAGAUUGAAAAUGUAGCUACUGGCCCUAAUAACCGACCGAAGCUGGCCUGUGUCAUCGCCGAAUGUGGUGAAAUGUAAAUUUAAUACUUGGGUUGCAAACUUCUAACGGGGUUAUCCAAAACAUAUUUCUCUAAUUGUUUUAGAGUUUGCAUUCACUAUCACAAAAAUAGGUCAUCAUUUUCAAGGAUGUGAAUCUGUUUAAUACUUCUUUCUUGGCGCAAUAGUUUAGCAAAAUUGGCAGUGUCAUCUUUGCUUGGUGGACAUGAUCCUCAGAUUCAAGACAUCGAGCCCCAUUCUGAUGAGGAGGUUGGGAGCUAUUAUAUUUAAUCAAAUACGCACCCCGUGAGCUUUAUUUAGUUGCAAUUUGCCCAAGAAUGGACCAUACAACUUGAAGUAGACUCAUGUCUGCUUAGACAUAUAAAUGUUCUUCCAAUUGAACUUCAUCGUUUGACAUGUUCA